AUGCCGUCACCUCUGCCAAAGGAUGCUCGGAGAUCUCUCGCAACCACUAAACCGAGUGAACAACAAGGCGAUAGCUCCAAAUGGAUAAUGGUCUCUAUUGCUUUGGGUGUCCCUCUAUCAAUCUACCUAUGGCGGAAAGGCGAUACGAAGAAGCCGAACAAUGAUGCCGUUGGCGAGCAUCGUGGGGCAAACCAAGAGUAUACACAAAACGCGGAGGGCAACCAGAGUGUUGAGCGACAACCUUCCGAUACCAAUUCCUCUGCUCAUGAUGAGCCUCGAGCCAUGGGUCCUGCUAAAGGACCGACAAGCAUGUCAUUCAAGCAACAGGGCCUUUCUAAUACCGAUACUAUGAACCCGUACAUCAAUGAGCCCGGCAAGAGUCAGAAGGGGGAGGGGGAGACGGAGACCGCAAAGGUAAAGGGCACUGUUAAGCCUGACCGACCGCAAGCGUGA